ACUGUGAACGAGGCCGAAUACCGAGGUAUGUUGCUCGGUAUCUCCCUGUUGGACGACCUCGACGUUGCGCGACUGAUCGUCUGUGGAGACUCCAAUCUGGUGAUACGCCAGAUGCGGGGCGAGAUGGACUGCAAGUCGACCGGUUUGAAGUUGUUGAAAGCGCAGGCAUGGAACGCGCUACGAGGAUGGCCCCAGCGCGAGUUCCUCCAUAUCAGACGGGACUGGAACGCGAACGCAGACAUGUUAGCUGGGCAAGCUCUCCAGCGCCAACAAGACAAGAAUUCCUACAACGUGGGAGAGUUGGAAGAUUUAAGGACCUUGAACCGGUUGGGAGAAGUGGUGCGCCCGACGACGCACGAUGCGGAAGACGACGAUCCCGUCUUAAAGGCUAAGACGCGCGGUCUAGACGACCCCGUCUCGGGAGUUGAGACGCGCGAUCUAGAUGACGUAGGACGCGGGACGAAAAAACUGUCCCGUGAUCACACGCUCACGGGACGCGCCGGGUCCAACACCUAA